AUGAAACAUAUAUCCUCGUUCAUAGAUGACUAUGAAACUAUUCACCUGCAUAUGGCAAGAUAUAUUGAAACUGGAUCAGUGAAAACUCCUAGUCAUGGCAGAGGCAAACGAAACACAAGGCCGAAUGUUCGAUAUGCAGUAUCUGAUGGGGAGGAGGAUGAUGAGACCAGCCAACAGUUGCACCAAACCACACAGGAAAAG